AUGCGCCCCGAGAAGGGGUACAUCACUCUGGGACUGAGCCACAAAGGCUAUGUCUCGAAGCACCCGACUCCGGAGGCUCGCAAAGCCAACCGCCUUCAUGGAGAGGCGGUGAAGAAGAAGAAGAAGGAUGCGGCAAAGAAGGCCGCCGCUAGGAAGAGGGAGAGGAAGGAGGAGCACGAGAAGGCGUGCAAAAUUGCAUGGAUGGAGGGUGCCCCACGACCGCCCACACCCGAGUCCACCGAGGAGGAAGAUUCCUCGAGCGGUGAGCUCAAUUUCUCGGAGCCCGACGACUACGAGGUGGUGACGGGCGCGAGUCCCCCGCUGGCCCAUCGAGCGGCUGGCGGCGAGGGCUCGUCGACAGUACUGGACGAGGAGAGGCUCACGCCAGGGUCACUGGUGGAGCCGCCCGCCGCGAGGACAGAGCGGAGGUCACCCACGCCGGCGGCGGGACAGAGGGCCACCACCAAGGAUGUGGCCCACCUAGCACCGACCAAGGCCCUCAAGACCGGGGCACACGCGACGCCGCAUUCGGCGCCACGGCCCCCGAUCAGAGCGGACCCGGUCCGAGAGGCGGAGGCCGUAAAGUUCCGAGAAGCGGUGGCUCGAGGGGCCCUGGAGGCCCAGCUGGCCCGAGCACAGGAGGGUGGAGGUGUCGCCGGUCAGAGCGGCACAGCGCCGGUCGCCCGGGCCGAAGCCGAGGGGGGAGCCGGCCGGGGUGGCGCGGAGAGCACCGCCCGACCGGACGUCGAAGCCGGCGGGGGCGGAGCGGGCAACGCCGCCCAGACAGACGUCGAGGCCGGCAAGGGCGGAGCGGAUGGCGCCGCCCAGCCGGAACCAGGAGGAGGAACUGGUGGGGAGGUGCAGGAGCACUCCGCCGGCUAG